GUGGAGCUAGAGAAGAUGGAGAAAGUGGUAGAUCUCUUCGGAGUGGGAGAAGCCAAUACCCAGAAGCUACUCGAAGGAGGCAACGAUCUCAGCCAAAUCCAGCAGGGACUCUUCAUAGGUUCAGUAGCUGAAGCGAACAACAAAGAUUUGCUCAAAAGCUCCAACGUCACUCAUGUCUUAACCAUAGCUGUCGCCUUGUCCCCUCCUUACCCUGAUGACUUUGUCUAUAAAGUCCUCGAAGUUGUUGACAGAUCCGAGACGGAUUUGACUGUGUACUUCGAUGAGUGUUAUAGCUUCAUCGACCAAGCUAUUGAAUCUGGAGGUGGUGUUUUGGUCCAUUGCUUCAUGGGGGUUUCACGGAGUGUGACUAUAGUGGUGGCUUAUUUGAUGAGAAAGCAUGGGAUUGGUUUCUCUAAAGCUAUGGAGCUUGUAAAGAGUAGACGACCUCAAGCAAUGCCUAACUUUGGUUUCGUUUCUCAGCUGCAGCAGUUUGAAAAAUCCAUUAAAGUGCAUGAUGAGGCUUCUUCUUCAGUGGAUAAUAAGGAGAUAGUAGUAUGAACUCUCAAGAGAUUAUGAAGAAGUCUCAUAAUUACCAAAAAAUAAAAAUAAAUCAUUGUUUCGUGAUUUGAAUGAUUUUUAUUGUGAAACAAUUGAUGGUGAGUGAGCUAUUUGCCAUGUCCAUUUGCCUAUUGAAAUAAAUGAAAACACAGUCUAUUACAAUCAA